UGCGGCGCCGGGCUGGGCUGUGAAGGUAAACAGCGCUUCCUCUUCCUCCUCGCCGCCUCUUCCUUUUAUAGCGAUUUCUGGCCGCGCCGGGGCCGGGCCGCUGCUGCUGCCGUUUGCUGCUGCUGCUGCUUGCCGCUGCGGCGGGGCCGCUCGCGAACCUGCGGCGGGGACGCGCGAGCCGCCGACCCGGAAGCGGCGUGUGUGCACCGCAGGCUCCCGCCGCCAGCUCGCCCGCUCGCCCGCCCGUCGGACAGCCAGGAGAAGGCACCGAGGCCCGGAAUCUGGGUAAUCCUUUCAAGGCUGCCGCAUUGAUAGAAGGACGAGGACAGAAUCACCAGCACUGGCUGAAGGUUUGCUGGCAUGGGUAAUCUCAUUAAGGUGCUAACCAGGGACAUAGACCACAAUGCAGCACAUUUUUUCUUGGACUUUGAAAGUACCUUAACAUGGGGAAUCUUCUUAAAGUUUUGACAUGCACAGACCUUGAGCAGGGGCCAAAUUUUUUCCUUGAUUUUGAAAAUGCCCAGCCUACAGAGUCUGAGAAGGAAAUAUAUAAUCAGGUGAAUGUAGUGUUAAAAGAUGCAGAAGGCAUCUUGGAGGACUUGCAGUCAUACAGAGGAGCUGGCCACGAAAUACGAGAGGCAAUCCAGCAUCCAGCUGAUGAGAAGUUGCAAGAGAAGGCAUGGGGUGCAGUCGUGCCACUAGUAGGCAAAUUAAAGAAAUUUUACGAAUUUUCUCAGAGAUUAGAAGCCGCAUUAAGAGGCCUUCUGGGAGCCUUGACAAGUACACCAUACUCCCCCACCCAGCAUCUAGAGCGAGAGCAGGCUCUUGCUAAACAGUUUGCAGAGAUUCUUCACUUCACACUCCGGUUUGAUGAACUCAAGAUGACAAAUCCUGCCAUACAAAAUGAUUUCAGCUACUAUAGAAGAACAUUGAGUCGUAUGAGAAUUAAUAACGUCCCGGCAGAAGGAGAAAAUGAAGUAAAUAAUGAAUUGGCAAAUCGGAUGUCUUUGUUUUAUGCUGAGGCCACCCCAAUGCUGAAAACCUUAAGUGACGCAACAACAAAAUUUGUAUCAGAGAAUAAAAAUUUGCCAAUAGAAAAUACCACAGACUGUUUAAGCACCAUGGCAAGUGUAUGCAGAGUCAUGCUGGAGACGCCGGAAUAUAGAAGCAGAUUUACCAAUGAAGAAACAGUAUCAUUCUGCUUGAGGGUAAUGGUGGGUGUCAUAAUACUCUAUGACCAUGUCCAUCCAGUGGGAGCAUUUGCCAAAACUUCUAAAAUUGAUAUGAAAGGUUGUAUCAAAGUUCUUAAGGAUCAACCUCCUAAUAGUGUAGAAGGUCUUCUCAAUGCUCUCAGGUACACAACAAAACAUUUGAAUGAUGAGACUACCUCCAAGCAGAUUAGGUCCAUGCUGCAGUAAGAGCUGUGGUGCAAGCCCCUGCCGCGGAUGGAGCACACAGUGUUCUUCAGUGACCGAGAAUGCAGUCUUAGUGAAUGCCAUUAAAUCUCCUUAUUCUUGCUUUGGUUUCUUUCCUCUAUUCCUCUUCCCACUUUUUUAAUCAUGUUCUUGUUCUUAAGACUUCUUUUCUGUGCCAAAAUCAGUAAAGUUAUACUUUGAAAGGGAUUUUGUCCUUUCAAAACAGGCCAUCUAAGGCAGCUAAUUACGCAUUGCAUUGAGGUCUCUACUGAGAAAAGUUCUGUGACUUGAACUAAAUAUUUUUAAAUGUGGAUUUUUUUUGAAAACUAAUAUUUAAUAUUGCUUCUUCUGCAUGGCGAAACUGCCUAUUCUGCUAUUUAAAACCCUCAUAAAUUUAUUUUCUACUGCCGCUUUUUCAUGUGCAGCCAAAAUGAAAAUGUUUAAAUUAACUGUGUUGUACAAAUGGUACCCAACACAAACUUUUUUUAAAUUAGUAAGACUUUUGUUUAAAGUUUUAAGUUUGCAUUUUGACUUUUUUUUUGUAAGUUUGUAUGUUGUGUGUUUAACCUUUAUUAACUAACGUUAAAAACUGUGAUGUGUGCGUAGAUUAUUACGUAUGCAUGUUCAUGUUUAAGAAUGGCUGUUGAUAAAAUAAAAUUCAGCUUUCCUUUUUCUAAGUGUGGCUUGGUUUACUGAGGUUUCUGGAAGUUUUCCCUGUAUAUAUUUCUGUGGAAUGCAUAUACACAUUACAUAAUUUUUCUUUCUCUUAGGCAAUAGCUAUGUCUUUUUCGGUUGUUUCUCUUUACCUUUGUCUAUGUACAUAAGUUGAACUGUUUUUAAAGCUGUUGUGUAUAAGAUGACCAGUGAUUGUGUCAUUAACUUGACUUCUGUUCUGAUUUAAUCUCUGUGAGCAUAGUCAUAGAGGGGAAACCAUACUUUCUUAGCUCUCAGUUUCAGGAGUAAAAGGGCGGCAGCAAGAAGCACAGGGUGUCUCAAAAGCAGGAGGAACCCUUGACGUUGGAGGACAGUGAGCACUAAGAUACUUCCAGAGGAAAUAAAUGAAAGACUGAUCUCACUAGUGGUAGGAAGUGACCGUGUGUUUCAACUUAGUAUCAUAAAGCCCAAGCCAGUGAAAUUUAUCUUGAGAGAAGCUGCUUGAAAGUUGUCUAAUUCAGCCUUGUCAGUGGUUUAAUCACAAGGUGAUCUGAGGUGAUACAGUUAAAGUGGUUAACCAUGGAAGAUGAUCACAAGCUGCCCUCUGGAUCUUCUCCAUUGGAGCGCCCACUUGGUGAUAAAGUUCCUGUUGACUUCUGUGGCCUCCUGUUUACUCAUGUCCCAUUUCAUACCCUGUUCUCCAGCCAAGCUUAAUUACUUGCUGUUUACAGAUUGUUCCAUGUGGUGUUGCUUCGUAACUGAUUUGCCUACAAACUGAACCUGGUCUUCUUUCUCUCCUUCAUGUCUGUCUGACCAACACCAGCUUUCAUCUUUCAAAAAUCAGUUUCUUUACUUCCUCCAAAAACCAUUUACAUGACAUUGGCCAUGUCUUCUAGGAGUCUUCUAACAGUAUUAUAAUGGGUUUAAUAGUGCACUCCUCAAAAGGUAAUGUCUGUAUGGAACCUGUACAUACAUAUGGCUUCAUUUCGAAGAAGGACAUUUUCGGGUGAAUGUAAGGACCUAUGGAUCACAUCAUCCUGGAUUAGAGUGGGUCCUAACCCCACUGACAAGUUCUUUUAAGAGAAAAGAAGGGGAAACAGAUGCAGAGGAGGUCUUGGGAGGAUAGAGGCAAAGGUAAACAUCAUGUCUUGAAAUUCCCUGGACCACAAAAGCUAGAAGAGGGUCAUGGAACACUUUCUAUCAGAGCCUCUGGAAGGAACCGACCCUGAUGCUCUUUUUAUUUCAGACUUCUAUUAUGAUGACAAAAUAAGUUUCUAUUCUAAGCCACCUAGUUUGUGGUAAAUUGUUACAGUCAACCUAAGCAUUGAAUACAACUGUCUCACAAAACAGCCUGAUAUAUCACUACACUUUUCUAUCUUCUCUGAUACUCAUGAGAAGUCACAAUGUCUAGAUGCUGCAGAGACUGAGAACUUGAGAGAAGAGCCAUGUCAUAUUUCUUCAGUGUCCCCAAGCAAGGAUCUUGCAUAGUUCCUAAAUAUGGAGAUCUGCCAAGUGAGUAAUUGGAUGGAGUGCGUGAAUCCUGAUAAAUGAGAUAGAUGGAGUAAUCCUGCUGUGGCCUUUUCAGGUAACAUGGUUCACACUCUGCAUGUCGAAGAUUAAGUGGGCAAAAACAUCUUUAACUCUAGCCUAGGGGUCAGUAGCCCAGUUGGUGGGCCAAUUCACCUCCCUCUGUACCUACACAAUCUGUGAAUUAAGAAUGAUUUUUAAAACGUUGGGGGAAUAAAGGAUAACAUGUUUUUCUAAAAGUUGAAAAAUAUUUUGUAGCAUGAGAAAAGUAUAUGAAAUUCAAACUCCAGUGUUCAUAAAUAAAAUUUUAUUGAACAUA